CUCAACUAACCGUCAUCAGAUCAGUCCAUCCGGAUGGUUGCAAUGGAUUUGUGGUAACUGCCGUUGGACCCAGCUUUGGUUUCUUUAUUGUCUUCAAUUCCCCAAUUACAACUAAUUUUCGUUUCGUGUGAAAUUUCAGCGCAAAAUCCGCUUGCGUUUCGCGCCUUCUAACGGUUGUAACGGUCACUUUCGCGGGUGCCGUUUUAUCAAGUGUGGCUGUGCGAAUCUCCCAUCGACCCCCCAAUCUGCAGUUGAAGGAAUAGGAAUUUGGAGCUAAAUCAGCUACUUGAUCAGUGCAGUUAUUUUCGGAGUGCUGACCUCAGGAAUGUUCAAGGCCGUCCGGUGUACAAGAAAGGAGGUAUCCUGCCUGCCAUUUGCAUUCAUAGGAGAAGAACAGCCUGCAUGGUGCAGUUUCUAACUAAAAUGUCUCUAAUGGAAAGGUGCAAGGUUUCAUACAUAAAGCGCUGAAAAUAUCGGUUUUCAAACGGCGAGCCCUUCAUUGAGCAUCUGUGCCAGUGUGCAUCUGUUUCUCGGGACUAAAUUCGAGUCGGGGGAUAAAUGAGUGUUUAGUGGUGCUGUUUGCGACCGAAUCAUGGGCAAUCAUCCAUCAAAUCAUAUUCCCUUGGAUAGGCGGGAUGCCCCCAAGUUUGGAGAUGCACACACCAGACGGAGUUUGCGUUCUCCUCGAAAAAUGGACCGACUGCGUCGUUCCUUCAGGGACUCGUUCCGAAGACGGAAGGAUCGAGUUCCGGAAAGUUCCAAGCCCCAUCAAUGGUCCGCAGAUGAAACUGCCGUCCGAUCGGCAACUUGUACAUUUGCAGUCAAAUACCUGGGUUGUGUGGAAGUGUUUGACUCAAGGGGAAUGCAGGUGUGCGAAGAGGCCCUUAAAGUGUUGAGGGUUGGCAGUGGAUCAAGACGCAGGCCGAUCAGGGCUGUUCUGCAUGUCAGCGGCGACGGAUUAAGGGUGGUCGAAGAGGAAACCAAGGGGCUAAUUGUCGACCAAACAAUCGAAAAAGUGUCGUUUUGCGCCCCCGAUCGCAACCACGAAAGGGGCUUCAGCUACAUUUGCAGAGAUGGCACAACUCGAAGAUGGAUGUGCCAUGGUUUUUUGGCUCUUCGAGAAUCAGGUGAACGACUGAGUCACGCGGUGGGAUGCGCUUUUGCGGUCUGCCUGGAGAGGAAGCAAAAGCGGGACAAAGAGUGCGGAGUGACGAUGCUGUUUGAUGCGAAAAGUUCCACAUUUACUCGUACCGGAUCAUUUCGACAGGCCGGUUUAACGGAACGCGCUGUUGAUGUGGUUGCCAAUCCAAAGCCGACUCCAGCCAAUCCGUUUGCCAUCGAACGGCCUCAUGCGACUCCAAGUCUGCUUCAGAGGCAGGGGAGCUGUCGUGGGUUCAGCACGCUGGGAGAAAACUCGCCGUUUAAGAGGCAAAUGUCGCUGAGAGUGAACGAAUUGCCCAGCAAUACCGCCCGUUUGAACCAGUACAAAUCGCCGACAUCGCCUACUAGUAAUGGGCGGAAGGACUUGAAGCCCGUUUCGCCCAUUCCAGAGGUAUCUCCGGCUGACUCAGUGACGGCGCUUUGCCAGCAACUCUCCCAAGGACUAAGUCAGCUCACCCAUAGCGGUUCUGACGACUUCAACUUCAACAACACCACCUCGCUUAAUCAAAACACGGUCAACCUGAACUUGACCAGCAUCAACAACACCUUCAACCAGUCGAUUACAGCUACGCCAACUGCAAAUGUAGCUAGCAUAGCUCCAGUUACUUUGAGCUUCAGUCCCAACUUCAACAGGAGCGUAGCAGUUAACACCAGUUCCAUCGUCCAAACGAAUUCGAUAGUCAGCUCGCCCUUGAACACAGCGAUUCGAAGCAGCAGUCGAAAUUCCAGCGCUGUGGCUGCUUUGCCUAAUCCGGACCAGUGGCUCGGGAAAGUGGUAAAAAGUACCAGUCCAGUGCCGGGGAGGAUGGACGGGUCGUCUCCUAGACGAACCCCAGCAUUGGGACCUCAUGCUCGAGCUAUUAGUUUGGAUUCAGGCGCGGAGACAUUCAAGGCGAAACCGGCUGAUCCUUUCGAUGCAGAAUGGGCGGAAACUGCAGCCCGCCAGGGCUCCAGCAGCACGAACCCGUUCCUGAACCACACGCCCACUCCUCCUUCGUCUUUCCAGAUUCAGCUCUAGAACUUACAUUUCAGGUGAACAUAGGUUCCGCCUGCAAUACUAAACAUGUUGCAAUUAGGCUACAUCCUUAAGUCUUGAUCUGUUUGGGGUUGGCUACAUAUCAGACAGGCUUUAGUGAGUUGAAUUGGGUUGCGAAACCGCUUUUCUAUAUCGAAUAGCGUUAGUUUUUAGGAGCAAAAGUGUGAUAGUUGAACAGCCGAUUGCGGUACUUAAGCGCGGGGAUUUGUUUCUCAAGCCACUGAGGCAAACAAUUGAUAUCGUAGCUCUUUAGGCUGGUCUCUUCGAAAGCACUUUAUGAAUACAUUGUUAAGAGAGAGUUUAUGACUAUUAUUGUUGUCUGUUAAUUUGUUGGUUUAAUGAUCGCAUAUCGAACGGGGUUCUUUUGUAAAGAAUGUAAGCAUUUCCUACUUAAUUCUAGUUCUAAGAUCAUUUCACUGAUAGUUGUACAUAUUCGGAGCACAAUGAUUAACUUAUACAUUUGAUUUAAAGUUGUGCAAAGGGUUCAGGAGACUUAUUAAUGCUCGUACUUAACACGGUUUUUUUCGCGCGUAUACUGGAAGGAUGUUCAUGAUUGGCCAGCCAGGACUGAAAGGUGCAAUACGGCACAAGACAGAAGGAACAUUAAUUAAAUUAAAAUUAGCAAUACACAUUAUCGAAUACAUUUUAGCUCAACAGUUUAUCGAUGUCCUCACCUAUGUAUCGUCCUUCCGUAUUGGACGAAAGCCUGCACCCUGUUCCAGCAUAUACAAAUACUUAACUUGUUCAAACGUGUAUAACGCUUAAAUAGUGAUACUUUCGUAGCGAUUAAAACUAUCGGUUUGCAUGCAGAGUUUCGAGUUGAAAAAUCCAUUUCAAAUGGAAAAGGAAAAAAAUUAACUGUGAAUGCAAACCAUCAAUUAAUUAAGACGCAUUGACCAAUGUUAAUCCUUAAUUUUGUAUUGUAACCGGGGCUGUUAAUCGUUGAAAUUGAUAGUAUUGAGCAGUGCAUUUAAUAAGUUAGGGUAAAUUUUACCUUAUGACUCCUCACAAAAGCGGUGAUUACAUUUAUCCAUUCCAGAGAUGUUUUGUACUUAAGAAUACGCGAUUAUCGUGCAAGCGGAUGACGAUUGAAACAGAUUGAAAAAAUAAAUAAAAUGCUUUAACAAACUAACCGAAGGCGGUGGGUGAUUAGCAAUUUUUGUUUGGACUGUUGUACUAGAAAACUGUAUAUUAGAAUUUAAAACUUAAAAAUUGUGUUGAUUUUCUGCAGGAUCUACGCACACCGAUCGAAUAAACGUUCUCAUCUAGUUUAGCUUAAAUUAUAUUUUUCUAUUAAGAGUACGUUAUUACCGCGUGCUCAGGUUGCAACGACAGCAUUAAAAUGACGGUGUUCAACCGACUAAUUGCACAUAAAAAAAACCACCGAAAAUGGAUUAUUUUGUGAACUCUUCGGAGGAUCAUCCAUAUUUUCUACAGUCAUUAUGGUUUAUUGUGGAGCACGCCUUUGCUCGAAAUUGGCACGUACUUACUGAUGUAUACUUUUGUAUUAUAUUUACGCAAUAUUACUUCUUUGGUAAUAUAAUUAAUAUAAGUA